AUGGCAGCUGUAUUUCGCAACUGGGCGCGUGUGGGCUUUACUGAAGGAAUCUCGGGUCAUAUCAGUGUGCGCGACCCAGAGCAUGCUGAGUAUAUUUGGAUGAAUCCAAUAGGAAAGCACUUUGGCCUGUUGAAGGCACGCGAUAUGGUGUGUCUUGAUGUCAAGACUGGAAAAAUCGUCGGUGGUAAUCUAACUCGACCUGUCAACACUCCUGGCUUCUUCAUUCACUCGGAGAUUCACCAAGCAAGAACAGACAUCCAUUCGAUUUGCCACGCGCAUACCAUUGCCGGCCGCGCGUGGGCUACGUUUGGCCAGCCCUUAGAUAUGAUCACACAGGAUGUAUGUGACCUGUAUGGUGUGCUGGCGGUGAGUAAGGAAUACGGGGGGAUCGUCACAGCCCAGCAAGAAGGGCAGCAAAUUGCGAAAGCCCUCGGCAGCAAGGGCAAGGCCGCGGUACUGCUCAACCAUGGUCUUUUGAGUGUUGGCUCCACCGUCGAUGAGGCCUCCUUUCUCUUUACGCUGCUCGACCGCAGUUGCCAGAUCCAGUUGCAGGUGGAGGCGGCCUGUGCAGGGAACCCCGCCCUAAAGAAGCAUAUUAUCCCCAAUCAGCUGGCUCAGUUUAACUUUGCCAUGGCAGGCCAGAAGGACUGGCUGUAUGUAGAGGCGCAGCCGGAUAUUGAGUAUGAGGUUGCCAUGGCCGGUGACGCGAUCAUGUUCGGGUUGGACGACAGUUUUGUAUCAAGUCCCAAAGGAAAAGAGCCAGUAACUCUUUGA